UUCCUUUCCCUUUUCGUCCUCUUCGGCUCCUCCUCUUCCUCCUCUCGCCGAAUUGAAGAAUUCACGAAGGUUUGCUUCUUCUUCUCCUUUCGAUCUCUUCCUCGUCCUUUUUGUUGUUUGCCUUCUUCUUGGUGUUCGAUCGGGGGCUCUGUCGAAGCAAGCUUUUGAUGAGCACAGCCAGACCGUAGCAUCAGGCAGUGUGAGAGAGGGAGGGGCCGGGAGAUAGAUCUAUUAUCUAUACGUCCAUGGCGGCCAACAAGUUCGCGACUUACUUGCACCGGAACACCCACAAGCUGGCGGUCAUACUGGUGUACGCCGUUCUGGAAUGGACGCUGAUCGCGCUUCUGCUCCUCAAUGGGUUAUUCGCCUACCUCAUCGCCCGAUUCGCCGCCUACUUCGGCCUCCAGCCGCCCUGCGUCUUCUGCUCGCGGGUGGAUCAUAUCUUCGAGAGCGACGGCGGCGGCCGCCGCCGGAGACUGGGCAGCGCCUGCCGCGACCUCGUGUGCGCGGACCACGCCGCUGAGGUUUCCGGGUUGGAGUAUUGCGACCGCCACCGGAGGCUGGCGGAGGUCGGGGAGAUGUGCGAGGAUUGCUGCCCGACGACGUCGAGGCCGGCUGGCGCGCCGGCCUUGCUGUCGUGGAUGAAGAGGAGUGAGGAGGGGGAGAAGGAUCUGCGAUGCUCGUGCUGUGGUGUCGUUCUGGAGAGCGGGUUCUACUCGUCCUACUUCCUAGCCAAGCAGUCUUGGGGCCUAGCGGAGUACGUGCAGACAGAGAACUUGGUCGAUCAAGUGGAAGUCGACGAUCAGGAAGUACUUGAAAAAUCCGCCACCAUGGGCAAGGAAAAGUUGGAAGAAGAGGAAGUGGUUGAUUCCCACAGAGCUGAGAUAUUUCCAGGAGAAGAAGAGGAGCAGAAGAAUGAAGAGGAUGAGAACGAAGGGCAGCACGCUACCGCUGCUAUCUUGGAGGAAGAAGAAGAAUCUUCCCUUAUCUCUGAUGCUUGCCAUUUGGUGCAGGAUGCAUCCAUUGAAGUCCUCACUUCCACUCCAAGUUACAUAUGCGCCACCGAGGAGGAUCGAUUGGUCCCAAUUGAGCUGAUUGACUCCAUGACCGAGAUCCCGAUUGUGUUGGUUCCUGAACUCAAUGAAGUGAAGCAAACUGCAGGGCCUAAUGAUGCUAAGAGCAAUAUUGAGAAGGAAUUGCAUUCUUCUGAGGUACAAAGAGCUCAACAAUCUACUAUGACCCUAGAUAUACAAAGCAUUUCAGAGGAGGAGAAAACAAUAAUAUCUUCCGGAAAAAUGGAUGAAGGUAUUGAAGAUCAUGAAUUUUCUAUGACUCAAGGCAUGAGGACUGAAACAGAUGAUAUACAUCUCGAGAAUUCUGUGGUUCCUCAAUAUUCAGAGCCCAUUUCUGAUCAACAAGUCAUUGCUCCUCGGGCUACAACAGUUAUCGCACUUGAAGGGCCGAGUGAGAAAGAUCUUUCUGAAACAAAAGAUAGUAAUUCUGAUAUAUCAAUAGGGAGUGAGAUAUGUGACAAGGAACACAUUGAAGGUUCUGAUACUCACAAGCCAACUUUAGUUUCAGAAAGCACACAAGAUCAAGGCUCAGUGGAGAAUAAUGAAAAGGCUACUGUGGACCAAGAAGCAGCAUUUUCUGAGAACCAUAUAUCUGAAUUUUCUGAGAACCAUGAGAUUAAAGAGGAUAGAGCACCUGAGACACCAAAUUAUACUGAUGGUAUUCAAGGUAUGAGUAAGAGGUUCCUGAUUGACAGAAGAGAAUCCGUGACAGAGUCCCUUGAUGGGAGUGUUGCCAGUGAGUUUGAAGGCUGUGAUACAUUGAAUAUGGAUGAGCUUAAAGCUGCUCUACAAGCAGAACGAAAGGCCCUGAGUGCAUUGUAUGCUGAACUUGAGGAAGAGAGAAGUGCCGCUGCCAUCGCUGCUAACCAAACUAUGGCUAUGAUAACCAGGCUUCAAGAAGAGAAAGCUGCUAUGCAGAUGGAAGCAUUGCAAUAUCAGCGAAUGAUGGAGGAACAAUCAGAAUAUGACCAGGAAGCUUUACAGCUUCUCAAUGAGCUCAUGAUCAAGAAGGAGAAGGAAAACCAAGAGUUAGAGAAGGAUCUUGAAAUGUAUAGAAAGAAACUGCUGCGUAUUGAAGCCAAGGAGAGGAGACAAAUGGGGUCCAAUAAGGUGAAUGGCAGGUGUCAAACACCUUCUGCAUCUUCAAGUGCUGAAGACAUAAUUGUUGACUUCUCGAUUGAAUCCCAUGAGAAGAAUGAGUUUGCUGAUAACCCUGAAGGAAACCAUCAAAGUUUUCCUGCCGGUGAUGCUCCAAGUCCAGGGACAGACCAAGGAACUGAAAAGCACCUAAACGCCCUUAAGGAAUCAUUGGCUGAUUUCGAGGAAGAGAGGCUGUCCAUUCUUGAGCAACUUAAGGUGUUGGAAGCAAAGCUUAUUACAAUGGAAGAUGAGGAAGAUCCUCAAGAUUCAAAAUCCAUAGGGCUUGAUACGGAUGGUGUCCUACAUGAUUAUGAGAAUGGUUUUUCAGACAAUCCAGAGGACAGGAAGCUGAAUGGUGAACCGAGGAGUCUGGGUAUUAAAGGAAAGAGGCUUCUUCCUCUCUUUGAUGCAGCAGGUGAUGAACACGCAGAUGGUGCAGUUGAUGCUGCUCCAGAAACACCUCCUAAUAUUGUAGAAGAUCCACAGAAGCUUGCAAUCAUGGAAGAUGUCGACAACCUUUAUGAGAGGCUAGAUGCUCUUGAGGGCGACAGAGAGUUUGCCAAGCUCUGCAUCAAUUCCUUGAAGAAAGGAGACAAAGGAAUUCAUCUUCUUCAAGAAAUUUUAGAAAGUCUUCAUGAUCUGCGGAAUGUGGAACUUCGAACGAGGAACUCAUCUGUUGCUCUCGCUUCGUUGUCAACUUAAUGUGCAUAAAAUCGAAGAUGGAGGCUAUAUGCUGGAGUUGAAUUUUUCAAAUUUGCUUAUGACGGUCAUAAGCAAUGAGUAGGUCAAUACUCAUACCAGGCGAAAAUGGGUUCCUGGUUCGGUAUUUCGGUGGUUGCUUAAAGGGUGUAGAAGCAGUCUACUAAUGGCUUCCUGGGCCCAAGUUUUUUUGUGGGGUCUUCAUUUUAUCUUCUUUUUUUUUUGUUUUUUGUUUUUAUAUUUAUUUCCUUAAAUUUGUUAUUGUUGAUGGUCCAUCACUUCUCCUGAGGGGCAAGAGGGGUGAGUCAAGGAGGGAGGGUGGCUGCUUAGCCACUUCUCAGUCUGGUUGUGGUAGAAGAGUCAUGGCUUGCAACUUUGCAAGCUGUGUAUUAUGUCAUAUAUGCCAGUGCCAAGUCCAGACACAAAUUACACAGUUGUUUAGAUUGAAAAGAGAAAGCAGGGUGAGUGGAGGCCCUUAAUUUUCUUCCACUUCUUUGCCAUGUACAAAGGAAGUGGUAGUUGAAUGAUGAUCAAAAGUAUGAUUUGAAUUUGUUUAUUAAGUUUUCUCCA